UGCAGUAGGACCCUGGCUCCGGCCGCCGUGCUGCCCCCUACACUGGGAGGCGUGCACACCAUCAUCACUGCCACAGCUGGUGUUGCGGCGCAGGCAGCACGUGAGGGCGCAUGCCGUCAGACCCCAUCGCCUCCGGUCGUGGAGGAGUAACCGGGACUGUGGGGCUCCGGGCAGUUACUGAUGCGGUCACGUGAUCUGCCUGGGUUUCCGCUUGAUGUGGUUGAGCACGUUGACAGAGAGUUGUGGUGGUGGUGGUUGCAUCCAUUUCACCUGCUUUCGCUUUUAGCUCGAUGUGGAAGUGGUCCAGCUGCACAUGCCGGCGAUUGAACCAUCAGUGCUAACCAGGACCGAUUGGGAGGAUCAAAGGGAGUGAUUAAGAUCAGGUGGAAAGUUCUGACAGGUUGUGUUGUGUGGGAGGCGACUGUGGAGACAAGGUUACUUCACCAACACCUGAACCGGACGUAAACAACAAACAAGCAUCCCUCUGUGAACACAGGCUGUGAAGGUCUGACAAGCCUGGCAAAACAGAUGAGGAGAAAACAGACUACCUCCACUACCCUCCGCCCCCAGCUGUGUCGUCAGGUUACACACUCCUGAGGGGAAGGUGUGAGACGACAGUGCCAAAGCCAGACCCCAUCCCCCUUUCAUUGCAGUUGCUUGAAGAGAACACCCUAUUCCCGAGAGGAUUUUCCGAGAGCAAACAUAUUAAGUAUUAAGAUAUUUGACAAAAGAACCCCCAGUCGACAAGAACGGCUUGAUGAUAACGACGAUGACUCUAAGCUUGCAAACAUACUGACACCUGGUCAUCGUGGGCGGAGCUGCUGAGGGGGUGGACAACGAGCUUGUUUGUGGAUGUUUUCUGUGACGAUGAGCGUCAGAUGCUGGUCUUGGGGUUCAAAGACUGUCACUAAUACAAAGUGUAGUGAAUCUGACGCCACAAAGGUAUAUCUGACUGCGUUCCGGCUACGUCCAGAGCACGUCACAUAACGCCAUGAAGACGUUACAUAACAGCAUGCGGGGAUCCCCUACCAUGCUGUAGUUUUUUAAGUUUCGCUGGGACAGGUAAGAACCUGACAAUUGUGAAGAAGGUAGGACAGGGAGCGUCAACUAUAAAAGGAAUACUUCUGUGACGUCACCAUGGUGGGGAUCAUCACGCAGAGCACCCACCUCAACUCCUUCUGGUCCGUGGGGACGUGUUUGCUGGCGCUGUGCCUGCACGCCUACACCUCCUACCUGACGGCCCUGAGGUACCAGGGCGCCACCACACGGGCCUGGCCCGGCCCACCGUCCAGAGCGGGCCUCCCGUGCGAGGUCAACUCCCUGCUGACCCUCCUGGUCCUGGCCCAGCUCUGCAUGCCCUGCUUCGUCAUCGCCUCCUUCCUGCGUGUGGGCAACUAUGGCAACGACGGGGUGAAGCUGGGCAGGGACCACGCCCUCAACCCUCACCUGGACGCUGCGUGCAAGCGCGUGAAGAGUCGUCUGGUGAGGAGGGUGUGGAGGAACUGCGUCCCCUUGGCCCCGACUUUCUACCUCAGCGCUGCUUUCUUUCUGCUCCUGCCGGACACCUUGCUGCAGGCCGUGGAGGUGGAGUUUGGUUAUCGCACGACAGAUGCUCUGUGGAGCACCGACUUGGACUUCCUCUUCAAGGCUGAGCGGGCGCACAUGAGUGACAUCAUGGGGAGCAUCAACCUGACCAACCUCGUGACCAACAGCUCGCGGGUGGUCGUGCCUACCCCGAAUCCUCCCUUGGGUGGCUGGGGCAGCGAGACGUCGCUGUCGUUGGCCUUCGUCAACUUCGUGGCGGCGCUGGUGGCCUUCAGCAUGCGCUACGCUUCCGUCUUCUGGUACACAAACAAAGCUCUGACGACGGUUUUCGCAGGACAGCUCCUGGCCAUGACCUUAAACGCCAUUUUCGGUUACUGUGGUUACUCUUGUCUGUACAAAGUGUGCUACAACCGUGACCUGUUCAUCAACAUCGACCUGUCGCUCAGCUGCUCCACCACCACAGCCCUGUACAUCGUCGGCUCGGCGGUGAUGGUGCUGUCGACCAUGACGGUGUUCGAGUAUGGCUCCCACUACUUCGCCGAGAAGUUCCGGCUGGUGGAACGCAAGCAUCGCAGCAGCUCGGAGAGCUUCGUCAAGCAGGCCGUGGUGGUGAGCAGCGGCUGCCAGGGUUAUGUCCCCCACUCGUGCGCCAUGGCGGCGCUAGUGGUCUUCGCGUUCUGCAAAGGGCCGGUAAUCUACGAACUGGUGGCGCUGUACCGGCCGACCUCUGACCGCCUGGUGCUGAUAGCGCUGGUGUGCGAGGUGUGCUACAUGGUGCUGUGGAUUGCUCUGUGGUUCGGUUUGACUGUCAAGCAGCGAUGGCAGUUCCGCAUUCUGGACUACGUUCCGCUUGGACAACCGCUGUUCCUCAUCCACGACGACCAGGUCGUCAAGAACCCGACCUUUGACCGGGAUUCGGCCGGUGGCGGCGGCGGCGGCGACGGCAACCACAGACAUAACGGUGUAGAACUGGAGGACAUGUCCUCCCGCUCCAGCCGCCGCAGUCGCAACGGGGAGUCGCCACCCGGCUACCUGGAGGCCGUAGACCAGGGUUCAAGGGACGGUACCCCUGACCCUGACCUUCCUCACUCCGACGCUGGCACCGAGGACUCGGACAACGCCAACCUGGGUGAAGGAACUGCGGUGGACUGUGGUGCAUCUGGUGCUGGGGCCAUGCGCAAGCCCAGGCCGGGCCGGCGAAACGGGGGUCAGCGCGUGACCUUUGACGAGUCGGUGCGCAGCGGCAACUCGGAUGGUGCGCAGGACACGUGCGGAGGCGGGGGCGGAGACUCCUUGAUGCGCCGAGGGGAGGACGGCGCCCCCCGGGUGGUGAACGUCACGGCAGACGUGCACAGCAACGGCAAGGUGGGCGGCGGUGCUCAUGAUGGAGGUGGUGACGCGACCAGCAAGAGCUGCGGCGUGCGACUGCGGAAACAGGACAGUGUCAACGACAACACGCUGUGCAGGGAGUAUCGCAACAGCAUCCGCAGCAAAUGCGACGACUUGUAUGCCGUGGUGGAUAAGAGUGCAGCGGGAGGACGGGUGGACGUGUCCAACUCGGCCACCCAGACACCGUCGUCCGCCCACGACCCGCUGCCCACGCUGAUGUCGUCUUUCCGAGACAAGGUGAAGGAGUCGUCGCGUGCUGCCAACACUUACAAAGAGCAGCACCGCAGUCUGCAGAUGGGCAGGUACGGGUCCCUUGAGAGACAGACCUUAGACUACCCAGGUGCAGCGGCUGGUGGAGGCAAUGGCGGACCAGUGGGUUCAGCCGAAUCAGCUGGAAAACGUCGCGGAAUUGUGGAGGGUGAACUGGGCGAAGUCACUCUCAGACUUGACGACUCCUUGGACUCCGGAGUGCGUUCGGGUAAGCGUGGUUCGACCGUCAGCGGAAGUGACGAUGACGGGCAGCUGCUGCAGCUUCACCACGGCCAGUUUCACCAACACCACCCACUGAACUCUCACAACUUCAGUCUCCCCGACCUCUCGCACCCCACCCGCAAACAACCCAGCACCACAGAUGGCAACGUCAUCGGUCUGCCCGCCAUCACAGAGAACGGACAGCUUCAUGCACCCGGGGUGGCGGCUGUCGACAGACCACCUGCCGGGCGGCUGGGGACGGGCAAAGUGGAUUACGUGGCGAUGAAUAAAGACCACGGGUACCCCCGUCACCUUCAUAUCGUGGCCAGGAAGGGCGAGAUCGGGCGAAGGGACUCGGCUAAUUACUCUCUCGCCUCCUCCCAGGAAACCUCCUCCAACGAGUCGGAACAGGGGCACGGGCUGUGCAGUCAAAAUGGCAAUGCCACCAAGCCCAAGUGAGCUGAUGGGAGGACCACGAGUGCCAGCCGACAGCCAAACACCCGGAUCCUCCGCCAGACCCUGACGAAGGGCAGGUGCGUCGUUUACCUGUGAUGAAAAGCGUGAGCCAGGGAGAGCCCUGCCCACCACUGAUCAGGCACAGCUUCACACAGCUUCACACAGCUCCCCUUGUCUCAGGCCGCUACAAGCAAUAAAGGGGGACGGGUUGGGGGUAGCGACUGAUGAGGGAGAAAGGCAUGGGAGGAGAUGAGAGAACGCGGGAUGGCGGGAAGGGUGGGUGGGGAAGGUUUUGGAACCUGUAACACAGACCCUCUUUUAUGCCACAACCGCGUGCGUCUUGUCUUCGCAAAACUAAAUUCUGGAAUUUUUAGGUGCGUGGGUAGUUGCAGAAAGAAGCCAUGACAGGAAGAUGAAAGAGAUGUACCACCUGAGUUGUAAAUUGUGAGAAAUAAUUUCUGUAGAAGUAAGAGAGAAAAUGAGAGACUGGCUGAGAGCCAGCAAGGUGCUGGACACAAUGAGUGGCCAAACCUAAGGUUCGUCGGUGACAGGAGAGGUCACUCACAACAGGCGCAUGUGUACCGUGGGUCCAACUGGGAGACAUCCAGGUGUGCUCAGGUGAUCUCAGCACAGACAUGUGCACCUCCGUUUCGUCUCGAGAUGACGUCGACAAUGACUUUAGUCAAGACCGGAGUACAUCGUCAAUAAACACUGAGGCAGAGUUCACCAGAGUUCAAGAGUGAAAAUACUGAACUUGGUUCUCGCAAAGUGAGGGUGAGACAUCUCCGUGCAUACAAGGCUUGAACUCGGUACACACGAUGCUGACAUUCCCAGCGGAGAAAUCAACCAAAAUGGCUGAAGGACAACGCGCUGCACGCGGCUAAAUCUUCUAUCGUGGUGUAGAAGAAAGAGGAAAACAAUAUAUUCAAAGACGACGAAACGAGAGAAGAAAUAGAGAUACACCUGUCCCGGAGAGUAAGACAGCUGAGGUUUUAAGAAAGAUGUUUAUAGGGCAGUGCAGCAGGGUUCCUUAUUUAUAAGCACAUCCUCCAGCCCAGCAUCAUGCUUGUAGCUGGAGCUUGACAUGAACUGUGCCAGACGCAGAGCAUGAUUAUUACUGAGCGGGCACUACAUUAUUUAUUUAUUAUGUCAACAAGGGACACUGUGCAGUGAAGCACCUAUGACCAGGACUCAUAUCUUCAUGUCUGACACUUAUGAAAGCAUGCAUGAGUUUGACUCAGUCUAUCAAGUUAUUCAACCAAGGCCAGGCCUCCUCUUUGAAAAGUUUCGGCGUAGAAAGUGUGCAGUGCUCAAAGUAGCAAGCUUUUCUCUUCGUUUUGUGUCCAGGCUGUCAAUGGGAUCAUUUGAUGCUUUGUACUUAUUUUUUUCAUGAUUUUUAUAGUUGAUAUGUACGUAUGUAUGAACGUUUGCAAGUAUUUAUGAUUUCACUAUUCGCGUACUGUGACAAAACUCUGACCUGCGGUGUCCACCCAAGGCUAUAAAUGUUUUGGUACGAGAUUUGUCAGACUGAUGAAAUGUCUGUGUCAUCAUUGAAUAAACUUAUGACAGACUGAACAUCACCAAAGAAUCUGAAGAACUCGCUCGCUCUCUUUCAGUGAAUUUGCAAGUGUGAAGUGUGGACAUUAUCCUCACCAAGUGUAGGUCACUAACACAUCUGCUAACUCCCUUGGACACGACUGUGACGGUAGCAACACUAGAGUUGUUUACUUCUCAAUUGUUGCUAGUACUAUUCCGCUGGCCACACUGUACUAACACUACCGGUUAUUUCAUUUUAAUAUACAGCACGAGAACUUUAGGAGCAUUGCAGUUUAGUUGCCAGCAUAACAAGCUACCAGCACCAUAAACUUGUUAUCACUGCUUUUAGAUAUGCGGUGUGUUUGUACGGGCGAUGUGUGCAGGUUCAUCUCAGUUGUGUACUAGCUAGUCAAUAAAAACUGUCACUUGACGUGCCUUGUGUCUUACCUGUGUUUGACAGCUGUUUAAGUCACUUGAUGUAAUUUUGUGAGAACAACAUAGUAAAGAAAAAUACAAGUAACCUCUUGUCUCUUCCACUCUGCCUCCCAAUUAUCUUUGUGCGCGCGCACACACGUGUGAUCAUCAUCAGCGAGCUUUUCUCGGCUUUCUUCUGAGUCAGCAAGGGUCAAGUGUAAAGGUCGCAGAUUUUUCUAAGAAUCCUUGCUUGUUCAGAUUGCUGAGAAUCGAGAACUGUUGGUGCUUUGCCUUUAGUAAGAUCCGUAAAUUUUGUGAAAGUGUUUCAUCUACUUGCUUGACUG